AUGACCGUAGAAUAACCUUCUUUUCGGCCCUCUUUGGUUUGAGCAGUGGAAAGGGUAGGCUGAAGUCAAUUGUUGUCUCCAAUGUUUAUUGGAUCAGUGUGCCUAGUACUACUCCUAGAAAUAGAAUCGAAUCUCUAUAAAAAAGAAACCUUUUCUCCCAUAUUCCAUCAUCAGUAAUCACCACCUCCAGAAACAUCCUCCCUCUCUCUCACAUAAACAUAAUGUGAUUUUACCCAAUUUUCAGCAGUCACUCACAAGCUUAUACAUAUCGACGGGUACGGAAAUCUAUAGGAUCGAUCAAUGGCUGGAAAUGAUUGGAUAAACAGCUACCUGGAGGCGAUUCUGGACGUGGGCCCAGGCAUCGACGAGGUGAAGUCAUCUCUACUGCUUCGAGAGAGGGGGAGAUUCAGCCCCACGAGGUACUUUGUGGAGGAAGUGAUCACGGGAUUCGAUGAGACCGAUCUUCAUCGCUCAUGGGUUCGAGCGCAAGCAACGCGGAGUCCCAAGGAAAGAAAUACGAGGCUGGAGAAUAUGUGCUGGCGGAUUUGGAAUUUGGCUCGCCAGAAAAAGCAGCUCGAGGGAGAGGAGGCUCAGAGGAUGGCGAAACGACGUCUUGAACGUGAACGAGGUCGCAGAGAAGCAGUUGCUGAUAUGUCGGAAGACCUGUCUGAGGGGGAGAAAGGAGAUCUGGUUAGUGACAUGACAGCUCAUGGUGAAAGCAACAGGGGCCGCUUGCCGAAAAUUAGUUCUGUUGAUAAUAUGGAGGCCUGGGUUAGUCAACAAAAGGGGAAACAUCUGUAUAUUGUUUUAAUAAGAUUAAGUUACCAUGACAUAGAUACUUAUCUCAAAUUCCAUGUAUCAACGUUGACACUUGUCUCAUGCAGCCUUCAUGGUUUAAUACGUGGUGAAAACAUGGAGCUUGGUCGUGAUUCUGAUACCGGGGGGCAGGUAAAGUAUGUUGUUGAACUAGCUAGAGCUUUAGGUUCGAUGCCAGGUGUGUAUCGUGUUGAUUUGCUUACUAGACAAGUAUCAUCACCAGAGGUAGACUGGAGCUAUGGUGAACCCACAGAGAUGCUGCCUCCGCGAGAUUCCGAAGGCUUGAUGGAUGAAAUGGGAGAGAGUAGUGGUGCUUAUAUAGUUCGCAUUCCAUUCGGGCCAAAAGAUAAAUAUAUUCCAAAAGAGCUACUUUGGCCACACAUUCCUGAGUUUGUCGAUGGUGCUCUUAACCAUAUUAUACAGAUGUCAAAGGUUCUUGGGGAGCAAGUUGGUAAUGGCAAUCCAGUAUGGCCUGUUGCCAUACACGGACAUUAUGCAGAUGCUGGUGACUCAGCUGCUUUGUUAUCCGGUGCCCUGAAUGUGCCCAUGCUUUUCACUGGUCAUUCACUUGGUCGUGAUAAGCUGGAACAACUUUUAAGACAAGGCCGACUUUCACGGGAUGAGAUCAAUUCUACAUACAAAAUAAUGCGAAGGAUAGAGGCAGAAGAGUUAUCCCUCGAUGCCUCUGAAAUUGUCAUUACCAGCACAAGACAGGAAAUAGAGGAGCAGUGGCGAUUAUAUGAUGGUUUUGACCCAAUACUAGAGCGUAAACUACGAGCACGGAUUAGGCGUAACGUGAGCUGUUACGGUAGAUUCAUGCCUCGCAUGGUUGUAAUUCCACCUGGAAUGGAAUUUCAUCAUAUAAUUCCACAUGAAGGAGAUAUGGAUGCUGAAACAGAAGGAAAUGAAGAUGGGAAGUCUCCAGAUCCACCUAUUUGGGCAGAAAUUAUGCGUUUCUUCUCGAAUCCGAGGAAGCCAAUGAUCCUUGCACUUGCCAGGCCAGAUCCAAAGAAAAACCUAACCACAUUGGUCAAAGCAUUUGGGGAAUGUCGCCCGCUAAGGGAGCUUGCUAACCUUACAUUGAUAAUGGGAAAUCGAGAUAAUAUUGAUGAAAUGUCAGGCAUGAAUGCUUCUGUUCUUCUGUCAAUUCUCAAGCUGAUUGACAAGUAUGAUCUCUACGGCCAAGUGGCAUACCCCAAACAUCACAAGCAGUCUGAUGUUCCUGACAUCUAUCGUCUAGCCGCGAAAACUAAGGAUGGGAAAAGAACCCUGCUUUCAUUCAAAACCAAUCUGGUCAUUAGGAUAUUAAAGCCUUUCAAUGUUAUAAAUAGAGUAGUGCCUUUAUCUAAGGGCGUUUUCAUAAAUCCUGCUUUCAUUGAGCCAUUUGGGCUUACCCUGAUUGAGGCUGCAGCUUAUGGUUUGCCAAUUGUUGCAACAAAAAAUGGUGGUCCUGUUGACAUACAUAGGGUUCUGGACAAUGGGCUCCUCGUUGAUCCGCAUGAUCAGAAUUCUAUUGCUGAUGCUCUUUUGAAACUGGUUGCCGACAAGCAUCUUUGGGCAAAAUGUAGGGCAAACGGUUUGAAAAACAUUCACCUCUUUUCAUGGCCGGAACACUGUAAAAACUAUCUCUCAAAAAUAGCGAGUUGCAAACCAAGGCAACCUCGUUGGUUGCGCAAUGAUGAUGAUGAUGAAAAUUCAGAAUCAGAUUCACCGAGUGACUCCUUGAGGGACAUACAUGAUAUAUCUUUGAACUUGAAAUUCUCCUUUGAUGCGGACAAAACCGAGGGCAGAGAAAAUGUAGAUGACUUUGAAGACCGGAAAAGUAAGAUUGAAAAUGCUGUCAUGACAUGGUCCAAAGGCGUCACAAAGAAUGCUCAGAAACCUGGAGAUCAGAAUUCCAAUGCUGGCAAGUUCCCAGCACUGAGGAGGAGAAAGCACAUUUUUGUGAUUGCUGUAGAUUGUGAUGCGAGUUCGGGUCUCUCUGAAAGUGUUAGGAAGAUCUUUGAUGCACUAGAGAAGGAAAGGGCUGAAGGUUCGGUGGGAUUUAUAUUAGCAACAUCCUUCAACAUUACAGAAAUAUGUUCUUUUCUUAUUUCAGAAGGAUUGAGCCCGACAGACUUUGACGCCUUCAUCUGCAACAGUGGUGGAGAUCUCUACUAUUCAUCCCUUAAUUCGGAGGAUAACAACCCGUUUGUUGUGGACUUAUAUUAUCAUUCGCAUAUUGAGUACAGGUGGGGUGGUGAAGGGUUGAGAAAGACCUUAGUACGCUGGGCAGCUUCUAUAAUAGAUAAGAAGGGAGAAAACAAAGAGCAUGUUGUUGUUGAAGAUGAAAAGACUUCAGCUGACUACUGCUAUUCGUUUAAAGUGCAGAAGCCUGGUGUGAUUCCCCCUGUAAAAGAAGUUAGGAAGCUUAUGAGGAUUCAGGCAUUACGUUGUCAUGUUGUCUAUUGCCAGAACGGAAGUAAGAUUAAUGUAAUUCCGGUCCUGGCAUCUCGUUCGCAAGCUCUCAGGUACUUAUACCUUCGCUGGGGUAUGGACCUGACAAAAGUGGUGGUAUUUGUCGGGGAAAGUGGAGACACUGACUACGAAGGUUUGCUUGGAGGCAUUCACAAAUCCGUGGUGCUGAGUGGAGUUUGCAGCAGCUCAAGCAACCAGCUUCACGCCAACCGAAACUACCCACUUUCUGAUGUCAUUUAUUAUGAAAGUCCCAAUAUUCUGAGAACUUCCCAAGGAUGCAACAGUUCUGACAUCCGAGAAUUACUGGAAGAAGUUCUUAAUGGCUGAGUUUGCAGACCAAACUUUACGUUUUCAGCUCUUCAAGUUCAACUGCUUGGUUUGGCUUGAAACGGUAAACUGUGGGAGCUGAUGUAAUUUGUAUUGGUGAAUUUGGAUUUAACAAUUUACGGCGAUAAGUACCCGUCGAUGUGGCUGAGGUGGGAGUCAGCAUCAUGUUUUUUAUUCGUUUCUAUUUUGUUUUUGACUCCAUGCACGUGAAUAAGUAUGGCCAUAUUAAAAUUAAUUGAGAGUAUGGCAUAUACUACUAUGUUGUCCGGCUAAGGGCAUCUUCACACUAU